GUGUAUAUAAUAAUUGAGCAUACAAUCGUGUAUAGUUUUUUUUUAUUUCCUUUUGCCGUAGACCAAGUCAUAGAAAUCAGGUGAUACCCUCUUACAGGUUGCUGUUACCAAAAAUCUUUAUAGCUUUAUAGCAGUUCUUCUAACUAAAUAGAAAUGAAAUUCAGUUGUUUCUCUAUUUUCCUUAUAACUUUUGCUGCAGUCGUUUAUGGCCAUAAUAUAGAAGAGUUCCCGAUAUUCGGCAGUCAGGAUUAUGCCGCAGAAAAGAUUUCACGAGAUUGGCCCUUCGAGGAUAACGUAGAUAAACGACCAUUCUUAACAAGAGACUGCUUCAGACCUGUUGAUGGUAGUCCCAAACCUAUAAUGUGCAUGGCGGCUAUUUCUGCUUGGAGUUUUGAUAUGAAAAGUAAAUCUUGUAAAUCAACAGUGUAUGGAGGAUGCAACCCAACUAAGAAUCUUUUCUACACUAAAGCUCAAUGCGAAGAAGUGGCAAAGCCAGUUUGCAAAAAGUUGCUUCACAUUCUGGAGAACGUCGAUCUAAUUAAUAUACUUGAUAUACUAAUUUAUAAAGUUCAAGAUUGAUGUUAUUAUUUACCUAAUUUUACAUUCAGUUAUUGUACUAGUUAUUUUCAUUAUUGAUAAUAUGUAAUAUACAAUUAUCU